GGAAAUAGUUCCUCCCCCGAUCCCAGUUUCAAACAGAUGUUGCUCUUGUGGGAGCAGUCUUCCCCCGCCUCCAAGCACUGCACGUCCCACGUCCCCUCCGCCUUCGUUCCCACAUACUGCUACGCCCCGUUCAUCAUCCCCCCACAGGAGCACGAUCACCGUUUCCAAGGCCAUGCUGGGACGCUUCCAAAACGUAGCGAGGGGACUAGCAAUGGAAAGGGGAGCGAAUGUCACGUCGACCGAUGUCCUCGGGACUUUGCUCGACUGGUGCAGAACUAAGAUUGAGAAACUGCCGCAGGGCACCCCUGCCACAGAAUGUGUGCGAAACACGUCCCUCGGCAGCUCAGCUGCCUCAUGUCCUCGUCCAUGCAUCAAACAGGGUACAAGUACCCUGCCUGGCAACGAUCCAUCUGCCCCCAAUGGUAGAAUGUUUGAUGAAACGGUGAAAUGGACUGAUGGGAGUCCGUACUGCCCGGAGUUUGGCCCACUGGUAGCUCAUGACGCAGUCAUGACCGACCUUCAGAAAUGGAAAGGAGAUAAUCGGCCCGACGUCGUUCUUAGCGAGCCACCAAAAAUUCUCCAGCUGCUUUCUUUUUUUACCCUUUACUGCCCUGUGCACGGUCAUAAUGGUGUUGUUCGGGUGUCCGGAAUUCGAUACUCUAGGCAGAUUGUCAUUCUAACAUUGCAUUGUCGUCGAGGUUGUCAGUGGGUAUGGCAUUCAUCAAAGCCGGAGAACACGAAGUUGAGUAGCCGAGUGACGGGCCAAAUGUAUCAUGCGGCCCUCAGCUGCGGAAUGGGAUACACCACGUUGAACGACUUUUGCCUUACGUUGGGCAUGCGCGGCGUCCACAAGACGUCCUUUUACAUGUUCAGUCGUGGCAUGUAUGGCUUCAAUGGUGGGUGGUGUGACGUCGCCCAGCGGACUACUGAGAAAGAUAUGACGGAGGCCGUUGAGCGCGUGCGAAAAGAAUACUCCAACAUAACCGUUCUUCUUGACGGCCGGUAUGACUCGUCUUGUGAUGCGACGCAGUGUACAGUGACAGUUAUGCAUUACGAAACCAGACUAAUACUCGGUGUUGAGACGAUCCGAAAACGGCCAGGGGAAUCGUCGUGAACAUUGGAAACCACUGCAACCCGGAAUGUCUUGAUACGUUUGCUUCGAGUGCACAACUUGCCGAUACAGAAAGUGGUCCAUGACGACAAGGCUUCAGUUUGUGCCGUUUUGAAGGAACUCGGGUUGCAGGACCAAAAGGAUAUGUGGCACAAAGC